AUGGCUGAUGUUCUGAAAAGCUUGAACCUCCUUGAGACCCUCAAAGAGUCCAUGGAACUCAAUAAGUUAUCAGAUGUCAAGGAUGCAGUGGAGGAUCUCCUGAUCAGCAGGAUAAACUUAGCUGUGAUGGGGGACCGUGGGGAUGAAAAAGCCACCUUUAUAAACUCUCUCCGUGGCCUUGGUCCUGGGGAUGAUGAAGCAGCUCCAUCUCUAUCCACUGUUGCCCCAGAGGAAGUGGCAGGCUACCCAAACCCUAAACAUCCAGACUUUCGCAUGUGGGAUCUUCCACCUGUCCCAUCCACCUCUCUGUUUGAACCCGAGGGAUACAUAGAAAGAGUCAAAUUUUUACGCUAUAAUGCUGUCUUCGUGACAUUCAUACAGACACCACAACCAAACAGUGUGGAGGUGUUCCUGGAAGCCCGGUCACUGCAGCAACAAACAGUGUACUUUAUUCUGUUUGCUUCAGCAAAAGACACAGAAAAAAGCCUUGAAGACAAGAGGAAAGCCUGCCUGGAUGUUCUUACAUCACAGGGUGUGACACUGCCUAAAGUCUACCUGGUGAGACCCUCCACCCUUGAGCAGUUUGACUUCCCUUGCCUUUUGGAGGACAUGGGAAGAGACCUUCCAGAGAUACGAGCCCAUGCCCUUAUCUUGGCUUUACCAACGCUUACCUCCUCUCUGGUCUCUCAGAAAAAGGAGGCAUUCAAAGCACUAGUAUGGGCAGCUGCCUCACUAUCUGGUGGAGUGUCAACUAUUCCUGUUCCCUUUGUGGCCUCCAUGGUGGACUCCAGUGUAGCUGUGCGGAUUCUAACCAAAGCACAAAUAUCUCUGUGCUUAGACGAUGAAUCAGUUGAGCGACUGGCCCGACAGCGAGGUGUGGUACCAACAAGGCUUAAGGGGCUGCGGACUUGUUUACUGUCAGUGGAGGUCACCAAAGGUGAGGUGAAAAAGCGUCUGGCGGCGGCAGAAAAGGACUUGGCCACAGUUUCAUCAAAGCUGGUGGAGAUGGCUAUGCCCAGACAUGCCCGCUCUGCCAGCCGCUCCUUCGCUGCCAUGCUGCAAGCCUUAAACGGCGCCAUUGAUGAAAUGGCGGCUGAUGCUGAGAAGAUAGUAGCUGUUGCUCUUAGAGAGGGGCAGUGACAU